AUGAAUGAAUCAACUGAAGCGGUUAUGGAUGGUAGUUCCCUGCUCAAGGCAGUCUACCAUAGUCGACUGCGUCUGACUCGGUUGCUCUUAGAAGGAGGUGCUUAUAUAAAUGAGAGUAAUGAAUAUGGAGAGACCCUAAUGGUAGCUUGUAAGACACAACGCACAAAUCCACAAAGUGUACCUAAGCCUAAGAUGGUUCGGUAUCUUCUAGAAAAUGGUGCUGAUCCAAACAUUCAAGACAAGACGGGAAAAACGGCUUUGAUGCAUUCAUGCCUUGAACAAACUGAACCUGAAGUUCUAUCCCUUCUGCUGGACAGUGGAGCUGAUCCAACUUUGGAAGAUCAUGCAGGAUUAUCAGCAUUAGUUUACGCAGUGAAUUCAGGAAACAGAAAAAUUAUUAGCGUGCUUCUGGGUGCUUGUAAAGCAAAGGGGAAGGAGGUUAUCAUUAUCACUACCAGCAAAAUGGCUUCUGACCAUCAGAUGAGAAAACAGUACCUCAACAUCCCACCUUUUUCUCCUUCAGUAUGUAGUCAUAGGUCUCCAUAUGAGUCCCAGACUGAAGCUCUUCCACAUGGUUCCUUGGCUACUCCUUCUCUUCAAACCUGCAGCUCUCUUCUUGGUCCCAGUACAAUUAUGUUUCAACCAGGUUCUUCAGCCCAACCACUGAGUUCUGUGCAUAUUUCUGACUUGGAUAAACAACUUUAUCCUUACAAAGUAUACACUGAACAGCGAUCUAAGAGUCCCUCCUUGCUGCUCCAACAAGGAGCAGCAAGGAUUGAUUCUCUUGAUUGGCUUGAUUCUCUAUCAAAGAAUCAAGCCAGUUCUUUGACAGAGGAACCAGUGGAAAAUACUCUUGACAAAGAGGAGCUAUCGAUCAGAUUAAAGGCUCUUGGCAUACAAAGACCUACCGCUAUUUCAAGGCACCACGCCUCUGAUGUUAAAGAUGGAACACUCUUCCCAAAGUCUCUGGACCACAUAUCAGGAAAUGAGAAUGCUGAGAGAAGACGGAGAGGCCUUGGCAGAAAGAUGUCAGAUGAUAGUGCUCCAAGUUCUUUGCAUGCCUUAUCACACCCAAACCUGCAUCAGGAUAGCCUCCAUUUUUCCAGUGAAUCCAGUCCAGUGGAUGAAGAUUCAUCUGACUGUCUUAGGCAGCUGAAUAUCUCCAGUCUACAAAAUGUAGUGAACCGCAGGAGCAUUGGGAUGGAUCACUACAGUUCCGACUCACAGUUGUUGCAAGUUGGUAGUUGGGAAAAAAUUCUCAAAAGUGGUGGAGGAGGUGCAUCAGAAAGGCACAAACCAUUGAACAGCAGACAUUUUACUUUGUCUGAAACUAAGGAUUCUUUGGAGAGUUUUGUUCCAAGGCGAGGUGCUGCUAGUCUGGAGAGAAGAGGCUCCGGGGCCCUACUUCUGGAUCGUAUUGCCCACACUCGCCCUGGGUUCCUUCCUCCUUUGAAUCCUUGUGCUCCUAUUCCAGAUAUUGGGGCGAGCCCUAGCUUUUCCUCCAGUUCUACUGGGCAAAAAUCUGUUUUGCCCAGUGUCGCCGCUUGUCCUCAGGAACUAAAAAUUAAAAAAAUGUUGUGGAGACGCCACUCAAUGCAAAGUGAACAAAUGAAACAGCUUGUUAGCUUUAAGGAAACUCUUGGAAACUGA